AUACCUCUCCCCACCUCUUUCUUUCAGUAUACACAGAUUGUACAAGAAAGGCUGAAAGAAUCGUCUCAUGAUGUUCUGUAUAUAGAGCCUCCAUUUGAUGAUUCCAUUGCUGAGAUAAGUAAAGAAUGGAAGAGUUCUUUGGCAAAAUUUAGGUUUGCUAAUACAUAUAGAAUGGAGCCACUCAGAAAAUUCCAAGCUCAUUCAGUAGAAGCUAAAGUCCAGCAGAUAUUAACGGAAACUCUUAAAGAUGUCAAAUAUGAUGAUAAACUCUUCUCUCACUUGUCGCUUGAAUUAGCAGACAUCAUAUUGUCAGCAGUCAAAGACUUUGGAUACCACCGUUAUAAAUUGAUUAUAAAGGUAUUAUUUAUUCAAAAGACUGGCCAGGCAAUAAAUGUUGCCAGCCGAUGGAUCUGGGAUGUUGCUUGGGACAGCUGGGUUGCAGCUAAACAUGAAACAGAAACUUACGUGGCAUUGGCCUUGGUAUAUGCUCUUUACUGUGAAUAACUUGUCACAUGUCCUGAACGAUGUUUACCUCUCAACUCCUCACAUACAUGAAGUUUAUAGAUUUGUAAACCUCAGUAGUAUUGAUUAGCCAUAUUUUUAUCUCCAGUUGGAGCAUUUAAUUGCAUUAACAACAAACAAGUAAAAAGUUGGAUUUUUCUUAACUUCAUACUUGUACUUACCAUAUUUAUUAACACUGUUACCUCAAAAUAUAAAAUAUAGGAAUAUAUGAAUGCUUAUAGUAGAUUAUAAUAUGGGAAUAUUAUCAUUCUUCUUAGGUUUAAGAAAAUUAUAAUUAACUAUAGGAAAUUUUGACACAACCUUGUAAAGUAUCAAAUUAAGAAAAUGUUAAGGUAAAUUUUGGAAACCUUCUAAAGGCAGAUGUAUUUUGAAUGGUAUUUUAAUGCACUAUAUGCAUUCUUUUGAAGGGAA